GAUCACAGAAAUCACUCGAACGCGCGGCGCCUCCCGCCUCGCCGUUCGCACCCGCCGCCGCCGCCUGCCUCACCGGUCCCAUGGCCGCCGCGCCGUCGAGGUGCCUCCUCGUCACUGGCCCGCCGGGCGUGGGGAAGACGACGCUGGUCAUGCGGGUGUUCGAAACCCUCAGGGCCUCCCACCCGAACCUCACCAUUCGUGGCUUCUAUACCCGCGAGGUGAGGGAGAGUGGCGAAAGGGUAGGGUUCGAGGUUGUCACGCUCGACGGCCGAAGUGGACCGCUCGCCUCAUCCAAGGUUUCCAGCCCAGAGUCUGUUAGAGGGCCUACUGUUGGGAAAUACAAAGUAGAUGUAGCAUCUUUGGAAUCACUAGCAUUACCUGAGCUGCAGAUCAAGGAAGAAACAGAUCUCUUCAUCAUUGAUGAAGUGGGUAAAAUGGAGCUGUUCAGUUCAGCAUUUUUCCCUGCUGUAAUGAGAGUUAUUGAAUCCAAUAUACCAGUGCUGGCCACCAUGCCGAUUCCUAGAAAUGGCCAAGACAUUCCAGGAGUUGCGAGGUUGCGGAAUCAUCCUGGAGCGGCUAUUUUCACCUUAAAUACUGGUAAUAGGGAUAUGAUGAGAGAAACAAUCUACAAUCAGUUAAACUGUUUGUUGCAGAAGAGGUGAUCUGCUAACCUCCCUGUGUGCUUAUUUUGUUAGUCUGACAUAAGGAUGAAAUAAAAUCUUCCUUGUAUGCAAGAUCAAACCUAGAAGUUUCCUUUCACUAUUUGUACAAUAUAGCCUAUAAUAGAACUUGGUCACGUCUUAUGGUGUUGUACCUGAACCUGAAAUACCCUUUUCCAUGUUUAACGACCAAUGAAAAGACAGUCAGAUUACUGCGUUGUUGCUGUGUACUGGUAAAAUCUAAAUGUACAAUAAGCAUCUUGUUUAGUUUUUCUUA